AUGGAAGCCACUUCCAAUUCUCAGCUUGAAACAGAUCAAAUAUCUGCACCGGCCGAUGACCAGGAUGCAAUCUUCAACGAGAUGUUAGAAGUGAUGUCUGCUUUGCAGUCCAACCCUUUCGAUUUCGCACUCCACCAACGAAACGUCGCGGUGUGUCGAAAGCUUGGAGCUGCCACUAUUGAGGAAUUGUCUCAAGCUAGAAAUCUGAUGUCCGAGUACUUUCCAGUGAGAGAUGACUUCUUCUUGGAAUGGAUCAACGAUUUGAUGGCCAGCCAAGAGGAUCCCUAUGAUCCAAAUUCAGUGGAAGCCGUCUUGGAAUUAUAUCAACAGGCUUCCUCGUAUGCGUUUUUCCCGACAAUUGAAAGUGCACGACUGCAGUACGUCAUCGGACUCUAUUACCACGCUCGAGGACUUGAACAACCCACAGGGGAUCUUGCCACUUUGAUGGAGGAGUCUAUCAAUGAAACUAAAAUGGAAGAGGAUUCAGUGAAUGGUGUAAAAACGGCAGAACAGUCGCCAUUGAAAGACUUGUUGACAGAUGAUAAAGUUCGCGAAGUUGCUGUUGAUGUAUUGGACAAAAUGGGAUACCACUUGGUCGAGAGUUCCAAGAUCUGGAACGCAUGGGCGCUCUAUGAGUUUGACACUCUUCAAAAAGAUUGGGGGUCCGAUGCAAUCGCGCGAUUCAAAUUGUUUCUCCAAUCCAGACUUCGGGUUCCUCACCUAGAAAGCGACCAAACCUUUCAGCUAUAUUCAAACUUUAUCACAAAACAUGAAAACGAAAGCUACGAAGAGGAGAUGGUGGCGGUUAAUGAGUUGUAUAGUCCUGCUCGUCAACAAAAGCAGGAUCGAGAAGUUCACGAAUCGCAACUGAGAAAGUCUAUCUAUUCUGCCGAAGCUUAUAUCAAAUAUCUUGCUUGGGAGACAACAACAAAAAAUACCAACUUCAACCUGGUUAGCACACUGUUCGAACGCGCAAUCCAUGACCAUCCAAAUUCAGUUGAAAUAUGGGGAGAAUAUUUUCGCUAUCUGGAUCCUUCCUGGGCUAUAUGUGCAGCGCGCCGAGCGAUUCGUACCACACCCUGGUCUGGAGAGAUUUGGGAGGCUGCCAUAAGAACCUUUAUGAAUCAGGAACGAAACGGCCAAACGGCUGAAAGCGUUGAAGAGCUCUGCGACAAAGCGAUCAACUCCAAGUUUCUCGAGCAAGAUGUAGAAGCUAUUGUCGCGUUUAGUAUUGGUAGGGCUGACUUUCAUCGCAGGAGGCUUGAUGCGUACUUGGCAGCAGGUGGUGUGGACAACGUGGAACAGGUGGAUGCACUAAUGCAAGCCACUGUAAAAGCUUUGAACUAUGGAAUCGACCAUGUCAAGAAAGUACCCAAUCAAUUUGGUGACCCAGCAUGUCGACUGGAAAAGUAUCUAACGGCUUUGCUCGAACACCAUGGCCGUGAAGACGAUGCCGCAAAAGUCUGGCAGAAAGCUACAAAACAAUAUCGCGAGAGUUAUUCAAUUUGGAUUUCGGCCGCCGAUUAUGAAAUUCGCCGAGGUGAUCUAAAGCGAGCUCGGGAAUACUACAAGAAAGCUGCGAAUUCCAAGUUGGACUACCCGGAAUAUCUACUCCAAGCUUGGAUCACAUUUGAGCAUCAUUAUGGCAGUCUAGAAGAUUUAGAAUACGCGGUGACAAAAACUAAUAAUUUGAUGAAAGGUAUCGCAGCCAGGAGAAAAAGGGAACUGGAGCAGCAGUCAGGAUUACUCCAACAAACGAGUGAUCAAUCCCGCCCUAUUGAAAUCAGUGAAACGAAAGAUUUGCCUAAAGCAUCUGCCGAAGUAGAUACUGAAGUGAAAAAGCGCAAGGCGGAGGCGGCCGACGAUAUACCCAAUGGAGGUGAAGAAAAGCGGGCUCGUUUUGACUCGGCGCCCGCACGAAACGUGGAAGGGGAAGAAUUGAAAAGAGAUCGAGAAAACUCUACAGUAUUGGUCGGGUGUCUCCCGUCGAAUGUGACCGAAGCCAACAUCAAGCAGCUAUUUCGUGAUGUAGGGAUUGAUGCCGAUAACACAGUAGCUACUGUGGAGUUUAUGGAAAAGGAAAGUGUUUUGCCGGCACAAACCAAGGAUAAAAAGCAGUUAUUGGAUGUAGAGGUCUCCGUGACGUUGGCUUGGCGUUCGACCCUCUAUGUUACAAACUUCCCCGAAGAUGCAACUGAUGAAUGGAUACGUUCAAAAUUCGGAGAGUUUGGCAAGAUUUUCGAUGUACGAUGGCCUAGUAAGCGAUUCAAGAGUACCCGGAGAUUUUGCUAUGUGCAAUUCACUUCACCGGACUCAGCUCAGUCCGCACUAGCUCUUCACAAUACCGAAGUCGCCCCCAGUCAAAAGAUGUCUGUCUUUAUCUCAGACCCGCUCAGGAAAAAAGCGCGAACGGAUGUCGGUGCAAACGAUCGGGAGCUAUAUAUCACCUGUUUAACUAAAUUUGUUCAAGAGGCCGAUUUGCGCAAACUUUUUCAGCCAUUCGGAGACAUCAAAGGCGUUCGCAUGAUCCUGAAUGAAGAUGGGCAUUCUAAGGGGUUUGCAUUUGUUGAGUUCGAGACCGAGGCCUCAGCCAAGGCUGCGCUAAGUAUGAAUAACGUUGAGUUGAAGAAGCGCAGGAUUGGUGUUACCAUUUCAAAUUCUAAGGGAACUUCUUUGGUCGGGAAAAACAAAGGAAAAUUCCAGGCGGAGUCUAAACUCAGCUCAGCCGUAGAUCAACGUAGUCGAUGUGUGAAGGUCUCAAAAUUACCGGAAGGAGUUCAAGAAGCGAUAGUCCAGCAAGCCUUCGAGUCAUUUGGAAAAGUACUGAAGACGAUCACAUACCCGGAAAAACAGGAGGCCGUGGUCGAGUUUGCUAACGCCCAACAUGCCGGUGCAGUCUUUCUGCAUCCCGAGGCAAUCCUCAUCAAUGGUCAACAAGUCGAGCUAUCUGUACCCUCAAGCUCGGUUAAAGCAGGCUCUAGUACCGUCAAUUCUAAUCUGCCAUUACUGCCGCGCACGACGACGAGAGGGAAGAAAGCGCGUUUGGGAUUGGGCUUUUCUGGAGCAUCGUCAGGGUCAAAGCCUCUACCGGGCGACAAGCCUUUGAAAGAGACUUCGUCACACGUGGCGCCUCAGGUAUCACAAAAGCCUGGAAAUAGUGCGACAUCUGGUCCAAUAGGGAAGAGUCAAGACGAUUUUAGAAAGAUGUUGGGCUAA